GAGAUUUACUGCUCGCUGCUGGGGCCGACGGCGGCCGCCAGGGGGCGCUGCGGCGGUGACCCCCUCCCAGAGCGGCCCCCAAGCAUCCCCCUGCCCAGCCCGCACAUCACGUUCCAGCUGUGGACGGAUGAGGAGCAGCUCUGGAAGGAACUGGUGCUCUUCCUGCGCCCGCGCUCCCAGCGGCGCCUCAGCGCGGACAUGGAGGCCUUGGACCUGCAGGGCCUCCUGCCCGACCGGGACCUGGCCCGCGUGUCCGUGCUGUCCACCGACAGCGGCAUCGAGCGGGACCUUCCUCCGGGCGCCGACGAGCUGCCCGCACCCAGCAGCCCCGAGACGGAGCGCGCCGGGCUGCAGCGCAAAGGGGGCGUGAAGAAGCGGAUGUGGCCCCCCGACAUCAGCCACUGGGACGGGCCCCCCGGGUUUCACCAGACAGGCCGGCCCAGUGGGGAUGGAGAACUGCUGCCCGGUGUCGCCAGGCUGCACACGGCCCGGGUGCUGGUGCUGGGGGACGACAGGAUGCUGGGCCGCCUGGCCAGGGCCUACCACAGCCUCAGGAAGCGAGAGACCCAGACGUUCUGCUUGUCUCCCAGACUCAGCCUGCAGCUCUACUACAUCCCUGUGCUGACUCCUGAGAAGCGCGCAUCAUCCCGGCACUUGGAGCUCGGAGAGCUGGCGGCGUUCCUGGGCCGGGCGGACCCCUGGUACGAGAGCACCGUCAACACCCUGUGCCCGGCCAUCCAGAAGCUGGCGGAGAUGCCUCCCUCCCUGGACACAUCCCAGACUGUAGACCCCUUCAUCCUGGAUGUCAUCACCUACUAUGUCCGCAUGGGCACCCAACCCAUCUAUUUCCAGCUCUACACAGUCAAGAUCUUCUUCGGUGACCUGAGCCAGGACUCCGCGGAGGACAUUUUCCUCACUGAGCUGAAGGUGAAGAUCCAAGACUCCAAACUCCCCAAAGAUGCUUUCUCCCCCAGGAGGAGAGGCGCGGCUGAGGCCCCCGGGGCUGAGCUCUCCCUGUGCUACCGGAAGGCCCUGCUCAGCCACCGGACCCGGGAGGUUACCAUUUCCCUGAGGGCCACCGGGCUGGUCCUAAAGGCCCUUCCAGCCAGUGACACUGAAGUGAGCUCUAACUCGCACUGCCCACCCCCACUCGCUCCCCUUACAGACCACACGUGCCUGAGUGUUAACGUGACGGAAGUUGUCAAGUCGUCCAACUUGGCAGGAAGGUCCUUCUCUACAGUGACGAACACCUUCCGUGCGGCCAACGUCCAGAUCCAGAGCCAGGACCAGAGGCUGCUGACCCUGUGGCUGGACAAGGACCAUCGGCGCACUUUCAGGGAUGUGGUCAGAUUCGAGGUUGCCCCCUGCCCAGAGCCAUGUUCCGGGGUCCAGAAGUCCAAGGCGCUAUGGCUCAGUUCACACCAGCAGAAGGAGGUGGAAGGGACCAAAGCCAAGCCCAAGCCCCUUCUCAUGCCCAUCAACACGUUCUCCGGCAUCGUCCAGUGAGCCCGAAGGGGCAGUGGACGCACUGAGUCCAAGAGCUGCUGGCCCACGAGGAAGGACACACUACCCACCAGUCCAAAUACUCACACCCAUGGCCAGAGCAAGGCCAGGCUGCCCUGGACUGGCCCCAACAAGGAGCCAGCGAGUGCCUGGAGCACAAGGAGGCUGGCCGUGAGGUUGAUGGAGGCCACACAAAGGCCCCAGGAUGCCCGGGCAAAGCUGCGCACACACAAGCCCAGCUCCUGGCACAGCUGUCCGCUCCUUCCAAUUCCCACCUCUCCCACUCAUGCUCCCCCCAGCCCUUAAAACCACAGUGACAGCUGCUGUUUUGGUCAGGGCCCGCGUCCUGGGGGGAAAAUGGGAAGUAGACAAAGGCAACUACACCUCCUCUGCCUCCCACGUCUGCUCCCUUCCCUCGCCUCUGCCCACCUCACCCAACCCUGGGCGUCUCUCUCGGUUGAGAGGAAAGUGUCAGAUUCGAUAAAUGCACACUAAAGUGUUUCUGCUUUUAUCUAACACCGGAAAUAUUCCUAUUUUAAUGGGGGCUGGGGGCAGGACUACCCUGUGAGUCCACUUGUGCCAGGUAGUGUCUGCCUGACCACACGUUGACGUAGGGACUCCCAAAACAGAGGUGGGAAUGCAGGCUAGUUUCAGAGA